AUGUCUGGACCAGUUGCAUCUAUGCGGAUUCAGCGAACCACGAUCUGGACCACGAAUAUCGUCGUGAGCAAGGAUAUCGAAUUGAGCAUUAUCUACAAGUGGCAUCCGCAGCCGUCAAUACAUUUGAAAUGGCAGAAUAAGGCAACAAGCGAAACCCGGAAAUUCAUUUACAAAAACGCAGACCUGAAGGGGUGGUUGAAACUUCUGGAGAGACUGAGACCAGCAUCGUUUGCAAUCACCGUUGCUGCAGGAUUGAGCAAGGAUAAUAUUGCGCAAGUGCGGACGAUCCGAAGUCGUCUCAAUGGCGCACCUAAUAUGUGGGGAAGCGAUUGUGACGUCAACGACAGUUCGAAAGUACGCUAUCUGGAAUGGGUCGAAUCUCUGGCUGACCUACCCAGUAUCGGGCUCAGGGUGUUUAUCAGUCGACGUGGCGAGAUCGAGACGGUUUUCAAUAUUUUCGAAGCGAUCCUACAGCUCCUCAUUCAAAAGCUUCCACCUCAGGGGAAUCGGCCUAGAACUUUCAUUAUGUAUUUCCAACUAUGUAAUGAAUAUCGUCAUGAUACCUGCCAACAGUGGGCAGAUGAUCGAAUAUUUUCUGCCAGGUUGAAGGAGACAAUGGCGUCUGUGGAUUUACCAGAAGGAGCGACACUCUUCGAAAAUUUUUCACCGCCUCCUAAAAUGGAACAAAGAAUUUUCGUUUUGGCGCAGGGAGAGUGGUCUGCCGCUUUUCGUUACGACAACUCUCCAAUCCCUGACUUUCUACAUUGGGCCGAAAAGCUCGUUGGGUUGCCCGUACUGGGGCUGGUGUCCUAUAUUCAUCAUCGAUCUCAGAUCGUGCCACUGCUGGAUGUCCUUAAAGAGCUCCUCGCAUUUUUCCUCUACAAGCAUCCACCUCAAGCAGAACAAACUAGGAUUUUCCUGAUGGUUGUCGAUCUAGCACUGGUCUAUGAACUUUCACAACAGGUCCAGGAAGCUCUUCAUCGUCAAUUUUCGAAAACACUGGAAGAAAUCGUCGAAUCCGUACGAUUGCCGGAUGGCACGAUGCUUUUCGACAAUUAUUCAGCGCCUCCGAUGAUGCACCGAAGAAGUUAUGUUUUGACGCAGGGAUUUGAUGGGAAUCCGGAGGAACUAAAGCCAACGAACGGCCUU